GCCUCAAACAUCGCAAUUUUAUUCCCGCCUUGAUUCGUCUCUGCGAAGCUAACCAAAAAUUCAAAUUCUUCUCCUCUUCUUCCGCGGAACACAGAGUUCUCUACGAGUCUUUGUUUUGAAGAAACGUACAGGGUUGACAGUGAAGCACUUCCGUAACGGUUUUGCAUUUACCGGUGCAGCUGUAAGCAGUGCCAAUUGUCAUCCUUCCUACCCAAAAUUAUGCCAAUGGAGGUUGACGUGGUUAAAAAUUCACAUGAUGAUCGAAUGAGUGACUGUCGAAGUCUUGGUAGUUGUUAUCAUCCAUCCAGCCAAUCUAGAAAGAUUUCAAUUGGAAUGAUGGUAGACCAUACGGCAAGGAGAAGAUCUGGAGUUUCAAAUAAAGAUGAGGUUGUGGAGGAGCCAAAUGCAGAAAGAAUGAAGCCAAGUGAAGAAAAUAAUUCAGAAGGAAGAAAUAGAACAGAAGGAAUGCGAGAUGCUUUUAAAAGGAAGCAAAUUGGAGCUCCAGAACAACCAGGUUCGCCCUGGGUAAGCACUAGAUCUUUUAAUGAAAAGUCCCCUCAACCAGAGACGGUUGCACAUGGCAGAUCUUCAACUUCAGUAGCUACUAAGGGGAAGCAGAGGAAACUAAAUGCAGCAAAGGAUGCACCGGUGAAUUACUCAGUUAAUUUUUUCACAAAUCAAACCUCGAUGGCACAUUCUCAUGAUGGCAAGGGAAAAAAGUUUAAUGGUGGCACUUAUCAAAGCACAGGAGAAAGGGAUGGUGGCUCACAGAGGGUGGAGGAAUUUACAUUUGCCACUGCUCAUAAUGUAACUGUGUCGGAUGAACGAGUGGUUGAGGGGAAUACAGACAAAGUAGAGAUUGGGAGAACUGAAACAUUGAGAAUGAAGCUUUGUCAGAUAUUAGGAACUGUUUCUUCACCUAAGCGUCAGCCUUCUCAGAUUAAUAAGGUAGAUGGGAAUAAUUUAAAGCAAAAGCAAAUCUUUGAUCAAAAUGGUGAUACAUUUGUUAAGAGAGUUGUUGAUAGAAAGAGCGAGACAUCUGGCAAGCCUAAGCAGAACUCAGAUUCAAUAGAAACUGAUUCUGAAAUUGCUGAUCUGACUAUCAAAAGACCAGUUACUUGUUCUUUGACCCGAAAAACAACCAAAGUGCGACAUCUCAAAACUAAGGGUGAUCCAUCCUCUGUACACAGGCAGAAACAUCAGGAGAAGAACUCAUUCUCUUCCAAGAGAGGGUGGUCUCACAAAAUAGAUGGAGUCGUCAAUGGUGGCUCCUCAGCUUCUCUGAAAAUGUAUCAGAAGAGAAGUUCCAAAAUUGAGCCACGCAAGAUAUACUUCCCCAACAAAUUUCACAUAGAUGAGAUUCCAAGGGAGUCUGAAAGACCAUCUCCACUUUGUAAUACGGGAGAUGGUUUCCCUGCUGAGAAUGAGAGAGAAACAAACAAAAUUGGUUCACAGGUUGAUAUCCACAGCCGUGUAGUACCAGAAAAUGGGGUUCAACAAGAAGACACUGGUCAUCCCAUUUCAAUAAACAUUCCAGAUCCACAAGAUGAAUUCCAAAGUCCAGCACAAACUGUGCAGAUGGAGAAGGGUGUACGCAGUCCAGCACUAGCAGAGAAAAUGUUUAGUGUGAAAAAUAUCUGUAGCUUCCAGAAUUUGCGCACUUCAAAAUCAGAUUUCUAUGAAUCCAAUGCAGGUGUCGAGUCAUCAGAUGAUGAAGAGGAACCUAACAAUCCUCCACCGAGGAAACCAGCACCUGUAAAUGAAAUUCAACAUGAAGACAUUGAUCAUCCAUUUUCAAUAAACAUUCCAGAUCCACAGGAUGAAUUCCUAAGUCCAACUUUUAAAAUUAAAACACCCAACUCAAGCUCCUCUCCUGUAUCAAGACCAAAAACUGUGCAGGAGGAGAAUGGUGCUCACAGUCUUGUACUGGCAAAGAAAAUGUUUACUGCUGAAAAUAUCCAGAGUUUCCAGACUUUGCGCACUUCAAAGUUCUGUCAUUAUGAAUCAGAUGCAGAUGCUGAAUCAUCAGAUGAUGCAGAGGAAACUGAGCGUUCCCCUCCCAGGAAAGAAGCACCUGUCAAAGGAAGAAGAAUUGCAGUUGAAAGCUUUUAUGAAUCAUCAUCUGAAGAGGGGGAUUAUGAGAGCUCUAAAGAAAGCCCCUCUAGAGAUAUUGGAGACAGUGAAUGGAUCCAGGAGGCUUUAGAAGUGAAACAAGAGGACGAAUUGGCAAGGGUAGUUAAGCUAUUUGGUUUGGCUCUGGAAAACAUUAAAAGAAAAAUACAGUCAGCAACGAGAAAGAAAUCCAAGGAAAUUUUGAUGUCUGUUUCUGAGGAAGUACAUCAGCAGUUACAAAAUAUUGAAUUACAAAUUCAAACAGAUGUGGACAAGCUGACAAGCCUUAGCAAAUCAAAAAGAAAGCUUCUGGAAAUAAAACUCCAAGAGCAACAAGAAGAACUGAAGUCUAAGCAAGAAAAUUUCCAAGAGGCUGUUCGUCAGCAUCUCCUAGAAUGUGAAAGCACGAUUGAAGGACUGGAAGCAAACCAGAUGGAGUUGAAGGGAAUCAUGAAGAAGCAGAAAGCUUCUAACCAGAAGCUUCUCCUGCGAGUUGGAGCAACAGUUGAGAGCCAGCUCAGUGAUGCCCAAAGAAGGAUCACAGCCAUUCACAAGUCAGCAAGGAAACAGAUGCUCCAGUUGAAACAUGUUAUAGUUGAGUGUUUUCCUGAGGAAUAGCUUAACUUUAGCUGACUUCAAUUGCUACCACAAAAGAUGAGGACAUAGCUCAGCAUUAAGCCUUCCUGGUGAUGGUCAUUGAUCUUGAGAAAUUGCCUUCAAGCCUUUGCAUUGAGAAUGAAAUUGCUCAUUCCCUAUAUCGCAGUAGGUAUAUAUACUCAUUCAUUGUAUAAAACUAUAGAUAGCAUGGAACUCUUUUGAGUGGUAUGUAACUUUGGCCCUUUUUGGGUCCAAGGUGUUGGCUCAUAUGAUUUGAGAUUUCCUACGAGGAUAACAGGUGAAGAACUUUGCGAUUAUUUAGCUUUCUCUGCAUUGAAUGCUGAAUUUGUGUUUUUCAAA